AGUCACGUUGUGCGCAGUGCAUGCUUGCUUUGCGUUUGCACUUACUUGCAGCGGUCUGCAACUUUAGUGGGGGAAUGGAGGGGGACAAGAAAUUCCUCUUCGGUGCCACAGUUGCCACCGGAUUUGAGCGAACUGCACUUGACGAAUGUACCGAGAAGCUUGGGCAUGAGAUAAAUGCCGCUGUCGAUCGAGGAAGAGUGUUCUUUGAAAUUCACCGGAACCAAUUAAGAAAGGCAUUGGAUCUCCGGACCAUCGAUCAUCUCUUCGUGGUUGUUAAACGGUUGAAGGGACUCAACCUGUCUCAGGAAAGAGAUGAAGCUCUGCAGGAACUCUGCCGUCACUUGAGCCACUCAGACUGGGUGCACGCUGUGGACGCAUGGACGCUUGUCAGGGGAGUUGAUUUCAUCCCCAGCCUGCUGGAACAUACCGUUCCCUCACCAACCCCAACGGAACGCCUCUUGGACAAUCUUAGCAUUGCCGACACGGAGACAAAUCGUUCACAAAAACCCUCUGGUGAAGAUUUUGUGACCGGAAACAGUCCGUCGAAAGAAACUCCCCCCAGGAGCAAUCUGGAAACUUCCCAUCACCAACCGGUCACGGAUACACGACCUCGUAAUUAUCUGCCCACGUUCAGAGUGACCGGGCACCGAGUCAGCGACAGUCACCUGUUCUCCUCGCGAGAGGCCGCGGGGAAACUAGGAGAGUAUCUCAUCCAGCGCUACGGCUGGCCCGUCAAGAUGAAGGAGUUUGAGAUGGAGGUGCUGGUGAACGUCAACAACAAUGACGCGACGAUCGGAAUCAACCUGACGGCGGAGAGUAUGCAUAAAAGGAACAUCGUGCACUUUGGUCCAACAACGUUGCGCUCCACGCUAGCCCAUUGCAUGUUGAGGUUAGGUGAGCCACAACCGGGAGAUGUCAUCUGUGAUCCUAUGUGCGGCGGGGGCUCCAUACCGAUAGAGGCUGUGCAGAACUGGCCAUGUUUCGUCCUGGGUGGUGACAAUCACGACAUAGCUUGUCAACAUGCAGGAGGCAAUGUCACAGCUGUGAAUGAGAAAAGACGAUCAAAUGGAAGGCCUGAUGUUUCAAUAGAUGUAGUUCAGUGGGAUGUUACCAGCCUACCGUUACGUAGUGACUCCAUAGACCUCCUUGUAUCUGACAUGCCAUUUGGGAAAAGGAUGGGGAGUCGGCUGAAUAACUGGGAGCUGUACCGCCGUGGGCUUGUGGAGAUGGGCAGGGUGUGUCGGCAGGGUACCGGCAAAGCAGUGCUACUCACGCAAGACAAGAAAUGCAUGGCAAAGAUUCUUCAGAAAGUGAGUUCGGUCUGGAAAAGGCAGCUGCAAUUGACGAUCAACAUCGGCGGACUGUUUGCGUGUGUCUACGUGCUGAAGAGACGAGGGCAGGCCAAGCCGACUGUAGCCCAGGGCACCCAUGACGGGAAUGGACAGGAAGGGAUGGAGUAAAGGGCACUCAGACGGAAUAGACCAAUCUAUCAACCAAUUCGCGCCGGAGGCGUAUACACGCAAAAGUUUUGCGAUGUCCUCAACAGAUGACAGAUAAACACGCAGGGAGCAAGGCUGGAAAUAUAUGUCAGCGACCCGCUCACAGCAAGCAAGGCCGGAAAUACGAGUGUGCUGCUUGAAGGUCAUGGCUUCAACCCGCCUGGCUUGAGGUCGAGUGAAAAGUAAUCCUGCGCCGCGUUCCGUUCUUGUUAAAAUAAUCCCGGCGAGAACUGGUUAAAGCGUCUGGCUUGAGGUCAAGUGAAAAGUAAUCCUGCGCCUCGUUCCGUUCUUGUCAAAAUAAUCCUGGCGUGAACGGGUUAAAGCCCUGCCCAAUGGUUUUUGGCCAAUCACAGCCGUGACUAAUGUCCGACAUGUGUGCACAAAAGUCUGCUUAUACAACGUACUACAGACAUCCCAAGGACUGACAGACAAAGAGAGUAGGGAUAACUCUUCAGAUCAUUGCGCAAUUCUUUUGUGUGGUUAAAGGGAAUGUACAACAUUUGCUUCUGCUGUAAUUUUCAGAAAUGGAUGGAUUUGGGGGUUAGUAUUUGUGAUGCGAUCAAGCUAAAUGAGUUGUUUGUCGACAAUUAUGAUUUUAAGAUACAGCCCAAAAUAGGUCAGCAGGGGUGGAAAUUUCAAAAUUGACUUUUUUGUAAAAUCGGAAGGCUACAUAUGUCCUCUUUCAUGUCAACUUUUUUUUUUCAGAGAACUAGAAACACUCAUGAUAACGUAGUUAAAAUGUGACAUUUUUGCUAAGGAGUUAAUAUUCACUAACCUGAAAUAAAGCAUGUUUAUUGUUACUCCAUAAACUCUUCAAGUCUGAAUUGUUGAUUUCUCUGUUUUCUUCUUGCUGAUCUGCCUGUGUUCUAAGUCCCAUAACUUCUAAACGGAAGGUCGUAUUCACAUGGGGUUUGCACCAAAUAUAAACUGAAAGAUAGCUCUAUUAAAAAAAUGUUAAAAAAAACAACAAAAUUUUGAUAAUGGCCGAAAAGCGACUCAUAAUAGCUUGAUCGCAUCACAUUUUAUAGCAAAUAUUGUAACACUGACUUGUUUGACGUUUUGGGUUCGUAGAUGCUGGAAAAAACCAAGAAAAACAAUCAUGUUCUUGUAGUCUGGUUCCCUGACCCCUCUUAAGAUGAAACGGAGCAAUUUAUAGAAGUAAGGGAAUUGCAAGGUCAGCGAAUCAGUCUAACUGGCUUGUACCCGUUCACAUGUGUGUAAUCGAUUGCAAAGAAAAUGCGGACUAACUAAAUAUGAUAAAUUGG